AUGAAGCAACUUCGAUUUGGAAUUGGAAUUGGAUUGGUGUUGCUGCUUUUUGUGGGAGCAGCUGCUGGACAAGCGGAAUAUUACUACAACAAUGUGACAGAUUACACGUAUUUAGAUGACCGAUCGUCUCGCUUUCCACCGCUUAGUUUCUCUAGUAAUGAAAAUAUUACUGCCAUCGAGGAGCUCGACGCUUUUCCCAAUCGCAUCGUAAAUGGCAAACGCAUCGCCUGCCAUCGAGCACCUUACCAAGUGGCGCUCCACUACAACGGCUACUUCAUGUGCGGCGGCAGCAUUCUCUCGCGACAUUGGAUACUGACUGCAGCGCACUGUGUGGCAGGUAGUCGUGGCAAGUUCAAGGUGCGUGUGGGAUCCACGCAGCAGCAACGUGGCGGGCAAUUGCAUCGCGUCAAAUUGGUGAUUGCGAAUGCCAGAUACAACAGCAAGAGCAUGCGCAAUGAUUUGGCCUUGUUGCGCCUGGCCACGCCCCUGCGCUUUGGCAACUGCGUGCAGCCCAUCAAGUUGCCCAACAGUCGCAGAAGACGUCUUCCGAACUGUUAUCUCGUCAGUGGUUGGGGACUGAGCAGCGCUUCGGCCAAGAACGUGCAACGGUAUCUGCUUGGCACAAAAGUCUGUAAGGUGACACACAAUCGUUGCAGGCAGUUGUAUCAACGUGGUGGAGUUCGCAUCUAUCGGCAGAUGUUGUGUGCCUCGCGUUUGGGCCACGACAGCUGCUCCGGGGACUCCGGCGGACCACUCGCUUAUGGACGCAGGCUCUAUGGAGUUGUUUCCUUUGGCAUUGGCUGCGCCAACCGCAACUAUCCGGGCGUUUAUGUGCAUGUUCGAAAAUCCAAGCGAUGGAUACGAAGUGUCAUGAGGAAGUACUCAAAAAGUUAA